AUGGACAAUCAGAAAGGCACACCGUUAAGACACUCGUCCUCGACUGCUAAAGUGUGUCUGGUGUGUGGAGACGAGGCGUCCGGGUGCCACUACGGCGUCGUCACCUGCGGCAGCUGUAAAGUCUUCUUCAAACGCGCGGUGGAAGGUCAGCACAACUACCUCUGUGCUGGGAGGAACGACUGUAUCAUCGACAAAAUCCGUCGGAAAAACUGUCCGGCAUGCCGAGUACGAAAGUGUCUCCAGGCGGGGAUGAAUCUGGGAGCACGGAAGUCAAAGAAGCUGGGUAAAGUGAAGAGCGUCAGUGAGGACUCGUCUCUGCAGAGCUCGGAGAAGGAGCUGAACUCAAACAUGGCUCUGGUUCCCCGUGGCGCCUCCAUCGCUCCCUUCCUCUCCCCGUCUGUCUGCAGCGUGCUGGAGCUUAUCGAGCCCGAGGUUGUGUUCGCCGGCUACGAUAACACCCUGCCCGACACCACCGAUCACCUGCUCACCAGCCUCAACAAACUUGCCGGCAAGCAGAUGGUGCGAGUUGUCAAGUGGGCCAAAGUACUUCCAGGUUUCCGUUCGUUGCCAAUUGAGGACCAAAUCACGCUGAUCCAGUACUCAUGGAUGUGUCUCUCCUCAUUCUCUCUCAGCUGGAGAUCCUACAAACACACCAACGGCCAGAUGCUCUACUUUGCCCCGGAUCUGGUUUUCAAUGAAGAACGCAUGCACCAGUCAGCCAUGUACGACCUCUGUGUGAGCAUGAAGCAGGUCAGUCAGGAGUUUGUUCGCCUACAGCUCACCUACGAGGAGUUUCUCGCAAUGAAGGUCCUGCUGCUGCUCAGCACAGUUCCCAAGGAUGGUUUGAAGAACCAGGCAGCGUUUGAAGAGAUGAGGGUGAACUACAUCAAGGAGCUGCGGCGUUCAGUGGGCAAGGCCACCAAUAACUCGGGCCAGACGUGGCAACGUUUCUUUCAGCUUACCAAGCUACUGGAUGCCAUGCAUGAUCUGGUGGGAAACCUGUUAGACUUCUGCUUCUACACGUUCCGUGAGUCUCAGGCCCUGAAGGUGGAAUUCCCUGAAAUGCUGGUGGAGAUCAUCAGUGACCAGAUACCAAAGGUGGAGUCGGGCCUCACUCACAUCCUGUACUUUCAUAAGAAGUGACGGGGAGAUGAUAAAAGAUGUCAAACACAGAUAAAACCACGAGGAGAUCUGGCAGAGAGGAUCCCCACCCCUCGAUCAGAAAGAGACGACAGAGAGAAGGAAGCAGAUGUUAUCCAGCCAGCUUGCUAUGCACAAAACCAGGCAGGAGAUGAGGCUGGGGUGUACGAGUGCCGUGCUGAUUCAGAUGGAGAGACUUGGAGGGAGUCGUGUUGUCUGUAGCCAGCUUAUGAACUUCUGUAGUUCGUGUCUCCUCACCCCCAAAGACAAUUUGGACUAUUUAUGGAUAUGAAGCCAUAUGUUUUUAUGGUAAAGCUAUAGUGCACAGGUACAAGUGUAAAAAAUAUGAAACACACACACACACACAAUUGUACAUGGAGAGACACACUAACGUCCUUGCUUCGAC